AUGGAGGACAACUUCGCAUUCAUAGACUGCACGAAAAGCGACAGAUCCACGAAGAAAUUGGUGCGCAGUCAUGCGAUGAAGGGUAAAAAUGCGGGCAAAACCCACCAUCGACGUUCGAGACUGGACCUGAGCCGGUCACACAAGUCCGGACAGUCGGCUCUUGUACAACCUCUUGACAGACUCAAUAAUCAAGAAUGUAGAAUGGGCUUGCUAGGCUUGACUUACGAGGCCGUGGGAGAACAGCUGCUGGCCAUCCCGUUUCCAAUCGAGGCUACAUCGCAGAAUCGACCCAUUAUCAACCAAUUCUUUGCUGUUGUAGUGGACGCCUUACAUCCUCCGGAGCUGUGUCGUUCGCUAGAUGUGGUCAAGUCGUACUGGUUACGCUUGCUGUUCAUGGAUACGACUUCAUAUCACUGUGCCAUCGCGCUGUUGGCCACGCUGAAUAACUUCUUCUUCGGCGCGCAAGGCGUUUCGUCCAGAGCGAUAUACCAUCUCAGCCAAGCAGUCCGUUUGGUCAAUCAGCAACUGCAAACCGCACAAGCUCUAUCCAACUCCAAUCUGACAGUGGUCAAUUUCCUGAUAGUGCAUGAAUUGCUGGGAGAGUCCAGGUUGGAAGCCGAAAUCCAUCUGAGAGGACUUCACAGGAUGGUCAUGUUGCGAGGAGGACUCAUGAAUCUAGAGGACUCCGAACCCAGCCUGCUGGUCCUGAAGAUCUGCAAGACUGACCUGGACUUUGCUCUCAACUAUGGUACCUCGACGUGCUUUUAUCGAGAUCGCAUGGCCAACGUCGCCCUAACCUUGGCAACCAGAGGGUUCUUCAUGAACAGGACCAUGGGCGGAUUAGCGUUGCGGUUCAAUGGACUGGACCCUACACUCCAGCAAAUACUGGUUGACCUGAUCAGUAUCGCCUCCCUGUUCAACGCGGGUUGUAGAAUGGAUCCUCACACGCUUCAAGAGGUCGUCGUCUCCGUCGGAUACCGCUUGAUUCGGUUCCACCCACUGUGCGGACCCUGUCUGGAGGACAAAUUAUCAUCGGCCUUUCAUAUUGGACUCACAAGCUUGCUGACAACCCUGUUCCUGCGACUUGGUGGUCGCCGUUUUCUGAGGUACAGUCCUGUAACCGAACGCCUCAAAGAAGUCAUAGAAUCGGGCUUGGACGAGGACGAUCACGAUCUGAUGCUCUGGCUUCUGUUCAUCGGCCGUGUCUCUGUCCUGGAGGGACCGGACCAGGACUGGAUAGUCCCGAGGAUCCGACAAGCAGUCCUGUCUUUAGGUAUCACAAGCUGGGCAGGCGUCCAUCGUUGCAUACUUCAGUUUCCGUGGAUCAACGCCCUUCAUGACAAGGCUGGGAAAGCGCUCUGGGAAUCGGUGCUGGGAAGUGAUGGUUGUUCUCAAGCAGAUUGA